AUGCCAUCAUUAAUCUCAGAGACUCACUAUAAUCUCAUUCGUGAUGCUCUUUUCGACAAUGAUCGUGAUCGUGUCGCUGAAUUGCUUGCAGUUCCUGGAAUCAAUAUCAAUCAAUUGGAUGGUGGAGGUCAAACUUUGCUACAUCUCGCGAGUUUUUGGGGGCGAUUAAACUUGACGAGAUUGUUACUGGCAGCUGGGGCGAGUGUCGAUAUCAAAAACGCAGUUGGCUGCACAGCAUUAGACGUUGCAAUAUAUUGGGGUCAUUCAGCAGUGGCUGAGGCGAUUCAACAACGGGGAGGUCUUAGUGCUUGGGAGGAAAAAGUUAGUCAACUCCAAACUGAAUUGGAAAAUGCCAUUUUACGAUCACAUCAGUUUGAGAUUCAAAAAAAUGACAAAUCAUGUCAGCUUGAGAUCAUUCAACAUGAAUUCGAGUGCAUACAGACUCAGCUUGCUGAAGAGAAAAGUGCUCAUUUACGCACAUCAACUUCUUAUCAACACACUUGUAAUUUGCUCAACUCAAAACUUGAAUCACAUCAGCAGCUUGAACAGGAACGAGGAAGUCUAAUAGAAACAAUAGAAGCAUUGAAAGCGGCACAAACUCAUAGCGAGAGCUCAUGUGCACGUUUGCAGGACGAAAUGAUGGCUUUAAAAGCUCAACGAGACGCUGUUUUAGUGCGAAUGCAGGCAAGUGUGAAGCGGCAGGAAGAAGUGAGCUAUGGCUGGCAGCGUGCAGAAACGGCUGCUACUAUUGCGGACACACAGCGUAACUUUGCGCUCGCUGAACGAGAUAAACUCCAUCGUCUCCAUCUCGCAACACUCGCAGAGUUGUUGGUCACUACUGAGCGACUUGGAGCUGUUGAAGACGAGCUGAUGAAGCUUAAAACUGACUUGGCCGAGUAUAUUUUUGAUAUGAAGAGAGCCCAGCGUCGUAAGAAACACGCAGCGCAUGCUUUAGCUCCAGCUUUCCGACCAAACUCAAAAGUAGUGGAGAAGAAAGUAGUGAAUGAUAGUAAGGCACGACAAGCUGAAGAUGUAGACCAUAUUGUCGAGGAUUUGGAUGUGAAAAAGUCGACGUUUUCACUAGCUGCUCGAGAGUUUGGGGACCGUUUGAGGAUAGAAGAGCAGCAGAAGUAUCGUAUUCGCAGCCAACUACAAGACAAAGUAAAGGAGAAAUAUGAAGCGCAUGCAUCUCAAGCUUUAGUGAUGGACAUUCAGAAUUUUCAAAAAGACUUUGAGACUGCAGUUCGUGCCCUUGAAUCAUCACGAAGUGAAAUGUGGCAGCAACUCAAAAUCGAACGCGAUGAACUAGCGCGAUAUGCUACUGAAACUCUCGUUCGAUCAAAUUCGGCAUCUUUAUCACCAUACAGUUGCUCGUCAGAGGGCUCACUAGAAACGAUGAUCACUGAAAAGUAUUCGAAUCACGCCUUGUCUUUGCCUCAAAUAGCAACUGUUGAAUCAGUGACGUCAUGUAUGGAGCUCAGUUCACGUGGUGGAAUCGCGACAAAACACGCGAUAGAAAGCCGUCCAAUGUUACCGAUAGUUUGA